AUGCCGCUCUCAAAGACCAGCAAAGACCGCGCAGACUCACAGUGUCGCACUACCAUGCCAACUCUACGACCAGCCCCACGAUAUUGCACUUUCCUGCCGGCUCACUUCAAAAAUGACUCUCAAAUCCCACCUCAUGGAUUAGCGGGCCCCUUAGGCGGGGUUCACAGGGAACGAACAGUUCGUCGCCGAACAAGAUCUCAAUUUCCUCUGAAAACUUUCUCUUUGAAUAGCAGUCCACUUCCAUGA